ACACACACACACACAGCACAACCCCCCCUCCUGUGAUGCCAACCACUCUAUGGCUGGGCUGGACGGCAUGUCUGUCGAGGCGGUAUAAUCUAAAACCAAACCGGGAUAUUAUGGAGCCGCUGGUGUGAUAACGGAGGUGCGACGGUGCAUGAAAAAGACACUCGGUCUCUCCACGGCGGGAUGAACUAUGAUCGGCGAUAAACGAGCAAAGGAGCACGGAGAGAGAAAUCUGAGCCACUAUAAUCCAUCUGCACAUCGGGGGGGAAGAUGAGGACCAUGAUGGCUUCGAUGAAAACAGCAUUAUUCGUAUUUCUACACUGGGUGCUCCAGUACGCUGUGUGUCGUGACGUGACUCUUCCCAUAGGACCCCUCUACCGUGUUGCCGGGUUCCCCCUCUCCCUGCCCUGUGUUGUGUCAGGGUUUGAAGGCCCACGUACACAGGAAUUUGAGUGGUUCCUUUACAGGGAUGAUGCUGGUGGGAGGCAGAUGGGAGUGGUGUCCACCAGAGACAAGGGUUUCCCCUAUGCCCCGUUUCAGGCCCGGGUGAGGAAUGGGGAGGUGAGGGUCGAGAGAGACUCGGGGGACAAGGUCCGGCUGGUGAUACAGAGGCUCCGAGCCGAAGACCAGGGGAAGUACGAGUGCUACACGCCAAGCACGGACAGCAACUACCAGGGAAACUACAGCGCCUCAGUGACUGUCAAAGUGAUUCCUGACACACUCCAGAUCAGCUAUUCCCGCUCACUCACCGGCCAGCCCGUGCCAGAGGGGGCUGAAUUAACGCUGACAUGCUCAGCCGGCAUCCAAUCGGAGCAGCUCACCCAUCUGUCUAUCAUGUUUGGGAAGCGUAGCGGUGAAGAGGGUUUGGGGAAAGAGGCGGGAGGCGAGGUCAGCACCGUUAGAGAGAUUAUCUCCAUCGACAAGCUGCUGGGGGUCUCCUCCGGACUCUUGUACAAGAAGCGGUACGACGACGGAGAGAUCACGCUGGAGAAAAGAAACGGAGAGGCCGGACUGGAUGUGUACGUAAUGAAGAUGAGAGCGGUGCAGCCAGACGACACCGGCUCGUAUUUCUGUGAGGCCUCGCAGUGGAUUCUGGACCGCGAUCGAUCGUGGCAGAAGAUUGCACAAAGGACGAUGGAUAUUGGCAACUUGACUGUGCAGCAACUAGCGGAGUCUCUCAGUGUAACAUCCUCGCCCAGAGGGGAGGUGACCCUGCAGGUCGGUUCCCCUCUCAUUCUGACCUGUGAAGUGUUGGGGCUUCCGUCUGAAGUAAACUCGGGCCUGCUAGUUCAGUGGAUGAGGAGGGGAUCUGUAAGCAGCGAUGUCGCUGGGGCCGGGGGAGUCGAGGUGGAGGUGGCCCAGAUGAGCCCAGACGGUAUUGUGAGCUGGGGGGAUGACCUAAGCCGAGCUAGCGGGGGCUCUAUGGAGAAAGUGGCAGAGGGAAGGUACUCCCUGAAGCUGUUCUCAGCUCGCCCCUUGGACUCAGGGAUGUAUCGCUGUGUGGUGAGUGUGUACGCUGGAAGAACAAACCCUGGCCCCUCUACUCCUGUGACACUCACCCAGAAGUCUGAGGGAGUCACCGUCAACCUCAAGACCAAAGAUGUGCUAGUUUCUGCUGUGGCUCAGCUCCCUCGGGGCCCCCUGUUAAAAAGAGGCAGCACCAUCACCCUGAUCUGCAACGCCACCGUGACAACCACAGGUCCUGCCCAGGCACAAGUGCAGUGGCUCCGGUGGCCAAUCCCUGAACCGGUUUUCAAGAAGGGACAGCGCCCAAAAUCUGAUGAUACUGUACCAGAACCCCCUGUUGUGGAAAAACCCAUGUUGGUAGCUGUCCUAACGUACGACGGUGUUGCAAAGAUCUACACCAACAGCAGUGAGGUUAGCGUCGACCGCCUGUCCGCUGUCAGCUACAGACUGAGGGUCCACACAGCAACUAUAGAUGAUCAGGGCAUGUAUGCGUGUCAUGCCGAGGCCUGGGGGCAGGACCCGCAUGGAGGCUGGUACGACACGGGGGCCAAAGCAGAGUCAAAUGCAGUGAAUGUUUACCUGUAUGCCAGAGCUGCUGACCUCCUUCUCAUCCCUCUGGUUGUUGGAGUCUCCUCUGCCUUGUUUGUGGGCAUUGUCAUCAUCGCAACAGUAACCUGUUGCUUCAUGAAGCAACUGGCGAGGCAGCGUGCUCAAAAAUAGUAAAAGAGUCACAAAGAGGUGAUGUGUAGAACAUAAUGGAUGAAAUGGCCAUGAAAUAACAUAAUAAGACAAAAUGAAGUGAAGAAUGAUUUUCUGUGUUUUGACUUACCUGUUUAACAAUCAAUGCCAAAAGAUUCUGUUUUAUAUUCUCUUGUAUUUUUAUAUCCAAACCUUCUCUGAAAGCAGCAUGUUUUAGUGAUUGCUGCAUCAGUAGGUGUUAUAUUCUAGACUUUUCACCACUCGAUGACCGAUUCUCUGCUCCUCAAGUGGGCAUAGACUCUUUUUAGAGUCUAUUUCCAUGUGAGCCUAAUCCACAUUUUUUACUGAUCCCUUUGUCUUAAUCUGAUUUAACUGGAAAAGGGAACUGAAAAAUACACAAGCAAGAUUUUUGUGACAAGGUCAAAAGUAAAGAAGGUACUGCAUGUUUGUUUUGAGUCUCUUAGAUGUGAGGACUCUCACAGAUACUGUAAAGUGUUGUUUCUAUAUAAAGGCCAAGCAAACCGCCCUCUCAGAAUAUUUGAUUGUUACAGUAAAAGGUGCCGGAUGGUUCUCAGCCUGUCACAUGUUUUGAAUGAUGCUGGAUAUGCAAAUCAUCCUGCAUUGAAUUACGGUUAAAUUUUCACACAAAGACUAUUCAGUGUUUUCGCAAAAUUGUUGUUGCUGUUCCAGUUCUUUCCUGAAGCUGCAUGUUUUUCAUUUAUUACAAACAAGGUCUAUAUGUCUUUGCGUGGUUUAGCCUCUAUUACUGCCACUGACGGUCACAUGAAUGCUGAUGGGAGCAGUUCAGCCUCCAGAAACUUAAUAUGAGCAGGGACCUUCCACCGCCUGCAGUCCGGCACCACUCUGCAUGUAAACAAAGUCUCUCUGUUACUUAAUAAGGAAGGCGCUGGCUAGGGACUUUUUUGAUGCCAAGACCAGUUGAGUACCAAUUCUAAACACAAGCAUUCCUCGCCUGUGACGCUUCACGCUGUAGUGAGUUUUCUAUACGCACUGGUAUAGAUUUGAGAGAAAUGGAAAAGAUAUCCAUUAUGCACUGAGCUAAAAUGUAAAUACUGUAUGGAGUUUAGCUGUUUUAUUUUUCUUAAUGUAAGUAAGAAUAUGCUGUAGCGCCAUGUUAGUCUUUGGCAAAGCACCCGUGUUUAACAUUCUGCAGCAGUCUGUUCUGCUCUUUUGAAGCACUUGGACAAAAAUGGGACUGGGACCAAAGCCCCUUGGUAUCCUUCUUGUACUUGAUUUUCUUCCAGCUGAACUGUUCUUCUUUUGCUGUACUUGAGCGAGUUCUUUUGAGUGUUUUUGUGCUAUUAAUGGUUCCUUUGCUCUUGUCAAGUGACUGAGAUAGAAAAACAGUACUAUGAAAAAGAAUCCUGUGUUUGUUACACUGAGUAACAGAAAAACUUUUGUCUUGGUGUCACACUGUUUAGGACACUCGUCCCCGAGGUGAAAAUUCCCAGUGCAUUGCAGUCAUAUGACCUGAGAGUUUAGUGAAGUCUCACUGUCGUCGUAGUUAUCAUGUGGCUCAGGCCACACAUUUCUGCUGCCAAGACUUAUUAUGAUAUAGCCCCUGCUGCUAGCCCACAGAAAUCUGUUGGACAGAUUUACUGUGUCUGCGCACUUAUAAUGAGUGAAAUCCAUCCUCCUCUUCCUGUUGAAAGUAACACUUAUGAAAAGUUUGGUCACGAGAGUGUGCCCGCAUUGUGUGAUCAUUUAAAGUUGGAUACAUGUGGAAAGGAAGGAGGAAAGUGAAGUUUGUUGUUAUCCAACUUGUUGCACUCUCAUGAGAGAUUAUUUCAGGUCAUUUUUCCUGCUUUUCUAAAUCUGUUUGCACUGAGCUAUACUUUACUGUCUCAGUCUGUCUUUACUGUCUGUCUGUCUGUCUCCUGGUUGGUUUUCAAUGCAAGAGUCCCUCUAAAUCUGCCUGUCCUCCCUAACCUGCACUCUAAACCCUGAUUAUAAAUGUUGAUCACGAACAUUAGGGAAUAAAAUCACAGCUCUGCUUGCUUCCUGAGCCACUUUGUUCCAGAUCAACUACUCAAAGCUGAUUUGUUCCCCCACAUACCCACCCACCACAUGAUUCCACACACACACAUACAGAUGUACGUCCACACACAGCAGCAGCAGCGGCAGCACAGUGCUGACUGACUGGCAUUUCUGAUAGAAGUAAGUGAGUAUCUGCGUGUUCAUCUCUAAUCCCUGUUACAGUGUGUCCUACUGCCCUUCCCCCCUCUCUCAGUGUGCUACAGAGUCAGUGUGGCUCCCAUUUGAUUCAUUUCAAUCUCUGUUCCUUGAGAAUUACAGCCAGCUGUAAAAAGUGUAGCACAUAGCGUGCAAAGUACGAAAGCUGCUGUCUAAGUUGUGCUUUUGUUUGAAGAUGUAUUAAACCCUUUCAUGAAGGUUUUAUGUUUUGUUUGUAUUGUUCACUGAUGCUUUGAUACCACUUCUCCUGAAUGCAUCUUGCUGCCAAUGAAAUAUAUAAAGGCGGGUUAUUGCUCAGUUUGUCUCAUAUGGUGCUUUGGCAAACCUGCCAGUUGAUAAACCAAUAAACCACUCUGGAUUUAUAAUGUCA